UCAGAGCAGAGCCUGGAGCCUCACCAUGGCCUGGACCCUCCUGCUCCCCCUCCUCACACUCUGCACAGGUCCUGUGGCCUCUUCAGUAGUGACUCAGGCCCCAGCAGUGUCUGUGGCCUUGGGACAGACGGCCAGGAUCACCUGCCAGGGAGACCUCGUAAAAAAAGCUUAUCCUGUAUGGCUCCAGCAGAAGCCCGGCCAGGCCCCUGUGCUGGUCAUCUAUGGUGACAAAAACAGGACCUCAAUGAUCCCUGAGCGGUUCUCUAGCUCUUUCUCAGGAGACACGGAGACCCUGACCAUCAGCGGGGCCCAGGCCCAGGACGAGGCCGACUAUUACUGUUUAACAUGGGACGACAGUGCUAAAUGUUUUGUGUUCGGCGGAGGGACCCAGCUGACCGUCCUAGGUCAGCCCAAGUCUGCACCCUCCGUGUCUCUGUUCCCGCCAUCCGCUGAGGAGCUCAACAACAACAAGGCCACACUGGUGUGUCUCAUGAGUGACUUCUACCCGGGCAGCGUGACGGUGGCCUGGAAGGCAAAUGGCACCCCCGUCACCCAGGGCGUGGAGACCACCAAGCCCUCCAAGCAGAGCAACAACAAGUACGCGGCCAGCAGCUACCUGAGCGUGUCCAGCCAAGACUGGAAGUCCGCCAGCGCCUACAGCUGCCAGGUCACGCACGACGGGAAGACCGUGGAGAAGACAGUGGCCCCCUCAGAGUGUUCCUAGGACCUGAGUCCCCCACUUCUGGGGACACUUCUCAGUCAGACGCUCCCUUCCCCCGCUCCCCACUGUCCCCCUGCGGCUCCUGCCCUUGGUCGCUCAGACUGGGCAGGUCGCCAUCCCUCCCCGGUUCCCCUUCUCCUGAAUAAACUCCUGUCAUUUCUCAUCUGA